AUGAAACCUAAUUAUCGCAAUCAAUCAAACCAACCGUAUUCGGGAGCUUCAGGAGCAUACCGAAGAGCGGGAAACUCUCCAAGAGGAAAAUUUUCAAGAAAAAGAUCGGGACCAAGACCUCCGCCGUGGGCAGAUAAACCUCGCGGUCGUUAUUAUAGAUCGCCUAAAAAAUCCAGUAGCUCUACUUCAUCUUCUAAACUUUCUGGAAUACAACUUAUGGUGGCUUUAAACGAUUAUCCGAAGCUUGUAAUGACCGACGAUCAGUUAACUCUAUUGGAAGAUCAAAUAUUGGAAGCAAUCGAUAGAAUUGAAGAUGCUAAUUUCAGACCACAAUUUUUGGAUUGCAAAAGGGAAACUGGAUCUUUAUUAGUACGAUGUAACAACGAUUCCACCGUUUCUUGGUUAAAAGACACGGUACCGACUCUAAAUUUAUGGGAAGGAGUGGAAUUAAAAAUAAUCGAUUCGGUACCAACGACAAAAGACGUUUCAAAAGUAAUAGUACCAGUAAAUUACCCUUUGAACUUUUUCACAACGGAACAAUUGGAUAAAUUACAAACGGAUAUUCUGAAAGAAAUCGAUAAGAUCCCGAUUGGAAGCUUCAUGCCUCAAUUCAUAAGUUGUAUCAAAGAUCGAGGAGCGUUAAAAUUCAAUUGCAACAAUUUACCAAGUUCCGAAUGGUUAAAAACGACCAUACCGACUUUGGAAAAUUGGCAAGACGUGGAAAUGCUGAUCUUAGAUCCUGAAGCGAUACCGGUAAGGAGUACUUUACAAUUAUGGAUCCCGGGACCCGUAGAAGAACCGGAUCAAGUACUAGAAAGAUUGGAACGACAAAAUAAAGGAUUAAAUACGCAAGAUUGGCAAAUAUUGAGUAAAAGCGUAGAAGAAGGCGGUCAAAAAUUAUUUGUUACAGUGGACGAUUCAGUUUUAGACGCACUAAGAAAAAUCGAUUUCAAUCCUUUCUUGAAUUUCACCAGAGUUAAAAUUAAACGUUUAGGUCGAUACAAACCUCGUCAACAGAAGAACGACGAUAAAAACGAAGGACCCGAUACGGCGUACAUCGAUUCUAAAGAAGAAAACGAAGAUCCGAUGUCUGGGGAUAUCGGUGAAUUUACAGCCAUAGAUGAAGUAACUGGAGAUGCAGAAACAGAAGAAACUACCGUUAAAAAGGAAGAAAAUUAAAUAGGACCGUAAUUCAAAAAAAAACAUCGAGGAGUAAACCUCUUUUUAUUAAAAAAUCCCCAUUACUAAGGUGUAAGUAAAUCGUGCCAAUAGUAUGAAAGGUGCUGGGGUUACAAGUACCGUAAACGAUACCCUUGGGAAAUCUGGCGUAAUCCCAUUGUAUAUUAGCCUUGCUCCUGUACGCGGGGCUCUGCAGGAGUCGACCAUUUUCCCUAGCUACUCGUGGGAUUACUUAUGGAUAGACAUAGUUUUAAUUCGAAUAUGCCCGCAUAUUCCGGAAGAUAUAAUAAUAAUAAUAAUUCAUCGUACUCACAAUAUUCGAGAUCGUCGUCGCAAUCGUACGACAGAAAUUUUAAUUCGCCUUUUCAGUCUCAACAGAGAUAUUCCGAUUCGAAUAUAUCAUUUCAAAAACCCAACAACUUUUCAUCUCAAAGAUCCGUAUGGAAUACUAAUAUCACAAAUUCGAUACCGUCGUUAUUUUCUCAACCUACCAUUAAUCCGAACGCAUGGCAAAGUAACCAAAAUCCCAUAUCGGGUAAUAACCCGGCAUGGAUAAAUAAUAGAAAUAAUGAUAAUUCUCAAUUCUGGAUGAACAAUAAACCGAAUUCGUGGAACGGUAGAAGCAAUUAUCAAAAUAAUUCGAGAAACGAUAGGAAACGCGCGAGGUAUCCGCCAGGUAGUAACGCCAAUCGAAAUCAAAGCGGAGAAAUGAAACGUUUCAAAAAAUCGUCGCAAUCUAAUGAAGAUAAUAAAUCGAAUUGGAGGAGAAAACGUAGGCGAACUAGACCUACCGGAAACGCUUCUCCGAGUACAAACCAAAUUAAAACAGAUAACGAUACUUCGAAUACAACAAAAACACAAAUUGAAGGAACUUUGGUUACGAUAACAAAAAAAGAAUUUCCUUUAAAAAGAUUUACUAAUAAAGAAGCCGAAGAACUUUUCGCGGCGUUCAAAUCCGAAGCUAUAAAAUUAGAUCCGAACGGCGCGCUAAUCAAAAACGUUCAAACGAAAAAAGGUUCACUUCACGUGGUAUGUAAAAACGAAGACGGCGUCGAACAUGUAAAAACUAUAACAGAAACUUUAACGCCGUGGGAAGGUAAUAAUUUGAGAGUAACGCUUCCGGUUAUUAAAGGUGAAGAAAAAUUGAUAAACGUAGUAACGAGUAAUUUUCCAUUCGAUAAAUUCACAUCGGAACAAAGGGAGUUAUUGGAAAAAGCGUUGGAAAAACAAAUGAAUAGCAUACCGGAAGGCGAAUUCUAUCCGGAAUUUUUGGAUUACUAUAAAAGAGGUGGAACCAUGUUGAUGGUUUGUAAUAACGAACAAACGGUUAACUGGUUGCACGAAACCGUACCUAAAUUGAAAGCGUUCGAAGGCGAACAACCUCGAACCAUCGACGCUAACGAUUUAACUUGUUAUUUCAAAAUUAAAUUUUUCUUACCCGCCAGUUCGGAUAAUCUCGAUACGACGUUCGAGCGGAUAAAUCGACAAAAUCAAGGUUUGGAUACGAAAAGUUGGACAAUAAUUCGAAAAACGGAAUCGGAAAAAGGCGUACAAUUGAUCGCUUCAAUUGAUAUGGAUGCUUACGAUCACUUGAAAAAAAAUAGGAUGAGAUUGUUUUUGAAUUUCGGAACGAUAGACGUUAGAUAUAUAGGAUUAUUAAAAGGACCUUCAAAUCUUAAACAACCUGAAAUUGAAACGAUCGAAAAAGAAAACGACGAUGAAGAUAAAAAUGAUAUAAAAGUAGAAUCGGCUUAAUUACAUGCUGAUCAUAAAUAAAUUACAUAAACUACACUUUAUAUAAAUUAUUUUUAAUAUUUUUUUAAUAACUUAUUUAAAGGAGCCGUUAAUGUGUUUAUAGUGAGGAGUAAACCUCUUUUUUUAAUUAAUCAAUUUAAAAAAAAAAUCACCAAUACUAAGGUGUACGUUUCGUGCCAACGGUAUGAAUGGUACUGGGUUAUAGUACUUUGAACGAAACUUUCGGAGAAGUUGGCGAUUUUCCGAAAUAAUUAUUUGCCUUUUUCUUGUAAUCUGGGCUCUACAAGAAACGACGUUAACGUACCCAGAUACUCGUGGGAUUAAAUAUGGAGAUACAUGAUUCGAAAACUGCGAUACCGAAUAGUGGAGAUAAGAAAAGAUUAUCCGGAGCGCAAAAGAGGAAAGUUAAAAGAUCUAAUACCGGUAAAGAUAACUUCUUUGUCGAGGAUAAUAUCGAAUAUUUGGUUGUUCCUGUAGGAUAUCCGGAGAAGAAAUUAUUCGAUGGACAAUUCGAACAACUUAAAUUUGAAAUUACGAAACGUUAUCCCGAUAUUAGGAACGUUAAUAAAUACAAAGGUGGAUUAAGGAUAAAUUGCAAUUAUUCACUCACUUAUAAUCAAUUGAGUGAUUUGAUCAUUGAAAAAAAAAAUCUAUUCAGUAUAAAAUUAAAGAUAAUAGAUUUAAAAGACGUACCGGUAUUUAAAAAAAUUAUGUUUUCGAUACGGAACUUUCCGGAAGAUCCGGAUACGAUUUUAAAAAAAAUCGAAAACGAAAACGAACAUUUGGUCGUGAAAAAUUGGCGGUUGAUUCAUAAGGAGAUGAAUGAAAAUUCACGGAGACUUGUAUAUUCCAUAGACGAACAGAGUAUAGAAAAUUUAGAAGCUAAUAAUUUUCAAUUUGUCGUUAAUAAUCAGAAAAUAAAAA